AUGCCUUUCAAGGACGGUGACGCAAAGAAGGGUGCCAACCUCUUCAAGACAAGAUGUGCUCAAUGCCACACUCUCGGUGAGGGUGAGGGCAACAAGAUCGGUCCCAAUCUCCACGGGCUGUUCGGUCGUCACACUGGUUCCGUCCCUGGUUUCUCAUACACCGAUGCCAACAAGGCCAAGGGCAUUGAGUGGAACACUGAUACUCUCUUCGAAUACCUCGAGAACCCAAAGAAGUACAUUCCAGGAACAAAGAUGGCAUUCGGUGGAUUGAAGAAGGACAAGGACAGGAACGACUUGAUCACCUUCUUGCGUGAGGAGACCAAGUAG